AGCAGCGUGGUCGGCUUGAAAUGCUGUAGCCAGUGCAGGAUUACUCUCGUGGAUUAUCGUGAUUUUCUCAAAAUGUAGGCCUGAUUUCGCCUCCAAACUUGGAAUUCACGGAGGUCUGUGUCCUAGGAAGACAUCGCGCUGACAGGAUGUAAAUCGUUCGUGCUUUUAUGGGAGAAAACGUGAGAUUGUUCGCUAACCACUUUUAUUAACCAUGCCGUGGUCGUGGAGUUGGAAUACACUUGGGUUGAUAUUUGCAUCCUUGGCUUACAUUAGUGAUUCAAAGGAUAGUAGUGAUUCAAAUUAUGGUCGGUUAUCGAGCACCCUGUACACAUUUCAGGAGCAUGCAUGCAGUGGUGAAACGCUGAAACUGCGAUGUCCCCAAGAUACAACUUUGAGCAUCCAGUUUGCACAAUUUGGCCGCCAAGUCCCUAGUCAUCAAAUGUGUCCAUCGAAACCAGGCAGCUUAUUACCUCAGUCAUCUCAGGAAGAGGAUACGAAUUGUCUGGCUACAACAUCCCUUGAGGUGGUGCUAAAAGCUUGUCAGGAAAAACGCCAUUGUUCAGUGGAGGCAACGUCAGACACAUUUGGACAGGAUCCUUGUGCCGGCACAACGAAAUACCUAGAAGUUGCUUAUAAGUGUAGACCAAAUGAAUUCAAAAGUCAGCUAGCCUGUGAAGGUCAAGAAAUGGUGCUUUACUGUCCAAAAAAGAAAACUCGUAUAGCUAUUUAUUCUGCCAUGUUUGGACGGACAGCAGAGGGGACUGACGAGUGUCCGUCCUACUCAGGCGACGAGGAUCAAGAGUGCCAAUCAACAUAUACUUUAGAUGAGGUGAUGAAGCGCUGCCACGGGAGACGUCAAUGUAUGGUCGAAGCCAAUGAACAUAUUUUUGGAGACCCCUGUCCGCCCAGGAUGAAAAAAUACCUUCAUGUGAUAUUUACUUGUGUUCAGAAAAGAAUAUUAAAAGAAUUAAAAAGAGAACCAUCAAUACGUGGUCAUGUCGCACCAGACCUCGAAAAGGAUCGGCGGAAACCUCGUCCUCGGCCUGUGGAAAUUGAUCUCCCUGACGCAAUCCAGCAAGAACCUAAAUUGCCGAUUCAAACGAAUUGGGAACCGGAGGAAACUGGCAGCAGUCAUCUGAGCAUUAACGGUCAGCCAAAUUAUGAUGGUGAUACGUCCACUCUUGAUUCGUCUACCACUAUCUCUGUUGACACUAGUCUGCACUCGCCUUCAGGGACAACUCUUCCGACCGAGGAGGAAGUCUGCAACACAUCAUUAUCAUCAUCGAACCAGUUCAUGAUCGGCUUCAUAUCAGACUGGAUCAGCACAUAUAAUUUCAUUUUAGACCACAGGGAAAAAGCAAUCUUAUAUUUCGUCCUUGGAACAUGUGGAGGACUUGUCUGCCUUUUACUAGUCAUCAUCUUUAAAAUCGUCACUCACAGACAAAACAGAAAAAAGAAAUCUGUCGAAAUAACGCCAGAAGAAAUACGGGGAAGACGGCUCAGCCGCCCACCUGGGGCGCAUCACAGUCUUCUCUUGGAGGAUGCAGAUAUACCGUUAGCGUAUAAUACAGAUACUGUUCAAAGUAACCAGAGCGAUCAGGGUAACGGGAUUGAGGUCAUACGGUAUAAUAGUCGUGUACCGCUCCGCACGAGUGGAGAAUCGGGUAAUCGAACUUUGAAUCAUUACUACACGUGAUGGAGUUAGGAUUUUGUUUGUAUGAGUAUUUUAUGAUGCCAUUAAAAGAUGCCCAUUUUUCUAUGCAUGAUUUUUGUGUAAUUUUAAUGGAGAAGACGAGUUAUAGUGACGUGGCAAUGACAGGGGUAGUCAAGAAGCUGAUUCUACAAAACUUGUCCUUGUGGUAGGUUGAGCUGAGCUGCGACCGUAACUGCUUGGCUCCUAGUCCUGGCACAGACAAUGUUGAGCAAUCAAUGGACCCCUUGUGGAGCCCUUCAUCUAGUCGAUAUCAGAUAGAAUUGCCCUGACUGACUACGCAGGGUUGGGCUUGCAGCAGCAGAGAAGGUACUGAUGUUUCCUUAAGUGCCUAGCCCAACUUGUUGGUACUGUUAUAUCAAAAUAUCAGCUUAGACUUUGAUCUCUUUAUGAGGAAAACCGUGUAAGACAGCUAUGUUUUGACAAAAUGUGCUAAUUUCAUUUUCAUUUUCAGUUCAGUUUUCUUGGGUGUCACCUAAAUUUGAUCAUUGAUUCUUGCGGUCUUUAACAUGCAAACACUGGGGUUCUCUUUAUAUGCUGCAUUGCAUGUUUUCAGAUGAGAGUAUAAGCCUUCAGGAUCAUGAUCGAUCCCAAGGUAUAUAAUUGUUAAUUGAAUCCAAUAGUUUUGGGAAGGAAAGAUUUCUGUACAAUCAUGAGCAAAUUAUUUUACUUUUCUCGCAUUUAUCCUGCCCAGCACAACUGGUUGUGGAUUCAAUUGACUCAAAACGUUUGUACUAGAAUCUGAACACAGUGACAUGGCGUUUUUAUUUCUGAAUGAACCUAUUUAUUGCUGAUGUCUACCGACAUAAUUGAAGGUGCUCGUUUGUAAAUUUAUGAUUUCUGUAAUCAUUUCAUUUGUAAAUAAAUAAAUGAUGUAGUAUUGUAGUAGUGUGGUUUAUCAAAUUUAAGCAUUUGUAUUGAUUGUCUGAUUCCCAGCAAAAUCCGAGGGCAAAGAUAUGGACCGUGAAUGGACUUUCUGCUUGGUUCUGGAGUUCAUCCCUGUAGCAACCUCUUCAACUCAUAAGAUGGCCCUAUAACAACUCAAUCAUGGUCGACAUCCAAAAGCCUGCAUCAGUUCACAACAGCUUCUAUUUCUUGCCAUUCUGACAAUGCUACCGACAAUUUUGUUCAUAGAGUCAAACUUAUGCAUCAUGACAAAGCCAUGGAUUUUGUAUAAAGUUUUGUCCUUUUGUAAGAUCAAUAAACAUAUUAA